UUGAAUCUGUGUACCAAGGUCUGCUUCUGGGAGAACUCUAAGAACUUCCCAAAUCUCUGGGGCCCAGGAGCUGCUUGAAAAUCCUCCUCUGCCCUCCCUGCCCAGGUUCAUGGCCACCAGUGACCUGAUGUCAGAGCUGCAGAAGGAUUCCAUCCAGCUGGAUGAGGACAGCGAGCGCAAGGUGGUAAAGAUGCUGCUUAAGCUCCUAGAGGACAAGAAUGGCGAGGUGCAGAACCUGGCAGUCAAGUGCUUGGGUCCUCUGGUGGGCAAAGUGAAGGAGUACCAGGUGGAGACCAUUGUGGACGCUCUCUGUGCCAACAUGCGGUCAGACAAGGAGCAGCUCCGUGAUAUUGCUGGCAUCGGCCUCAAGACUGUCCUGUCGGAGUUACCCCCAGCAGCCACAGGCUCCGGCCUGGCCACCAAUGUGUGCCGGAAGAUUACCGGCCAGCUCACCAGUGCCAUUGCCCAGCAGGAGGACGUGGCCGUGCAGCUGGAAGCCCUGGACAUCCUCUCUGACAUGCUGAGCAGGCUGGGCCCCCCCCUCGGUGCCUUCCACGCCAGCCUCCUGCACUGCCUCCUGCCUCAGCUGAGCAGUCCACGCCUGGCCGUGCGCAAGCGAGCUGUCGGGGCACUGGGCCACCUGGCGGCCGCCUGCAGCACCGACCUCUUCGUCGAGCUCGCCGAUCACCUGCUGGACCGGCUGCCGGGCCCACGCGCACCCGCCAGCCCCGCUGCCAUCCGCACCCUGAUCCAGUGUUUGGGCAGCGUAGGCCGCCAGGCAGGCCACCGCCUGGGGGCCCACCUGGACCGCUUGGUGCCUCUGGUGGAGGAGUUCUGCAACCUGGAUGACGAUGAGCUCCGGGAGUCCUGCCUCCAGGCCUUCGAAGCCUUCCUGAGGAAGUGCCCCAAGGAGAUGGGCCCUCACGUGCCCAAUGUAACCAGCCUGUGCCUCCAGUACAUGAAGCAUGACCCCAACUAUAACUAUGACAGUGACGGGGAUGAGGAGCAGAUGGAGACGGAGGAUAGUGAAUUCAGUGAGCAAGAGAGUGAGGACGAGUACAGUGACGACGAUGACAUGAGCUGGAAGGUGCGCCGGGCAGCCGCCAAGUGCAUGGCAGCCUUGAUCAGCUCUCGGCCUGACCUGCUACCCACCUUCCACCGCACCUUGGCGCCAGCGCUCAUCCGCCGCUUCAGGGAGCGUGAGGAGAAUGUCAAGGCUGAUGUCUUUGGGGCCUACAUCGUGCUGCUUCGGCAAACGCGGCCCCCGAAGGGAUGGGUGGAGGCCGUUGAGGAGCCUACGCAGACUGGCAGCAGCCUCCACAUGCUGCGAGAACAGGUGCCCCUUGUGAUCAAGGCCCUGCAACGGCAGCUGAAAGAUCGGAGUGUCAGGGUCCGCCAGGGAUGCUUCAGCCUCCUCACUGAGCUGGCGGGCAUCCUCCCUGGCAGCCUGGCAGAGCACAUGCCUGUGCUGGUAGCAGGCAUCGUCUUCUCACUGGCGGACCGCUCGAACUCCUCCACCAUCCGGAUGGAUGCCCUGGCGUUCCUGCAGGGGCUGCUGGGCACAGAGCCCGCCGAGGCCUUCCACCCACACCUGCCCACCCUCCUGCCUCCGGUCAUGGCCUGUGUGUCUGACCCUUUCUACAAGAUCGCAGCCGAGGCCCUGCUGGUGCUGCAGGAGCUGGUGCGGGCCCUGUGGCCCCUGGACAGGCCUCGGACGCUGGACCCCGAGCCGUAUGUUGGAGAGAUGUCUGCAGCCACCCUGGCACGGCUCCGUGCCACCGACCUGGACCAGGAGGUGAAGGAGCGGGCCAUCUCCUGCAUGGGCCACCUGGUGGGCCACCUGGGUGACCGGCUGGGGGAUGACCUGCAGCCGUCGCUGUUGCUCCUCCUGGACCGCCUGCGAAAUGAGAUCACCCGGCUGCCUGCUGUCAAGGCCCUGACACUCGUGGCUGUGUCCCCGCUGCAGCUUGACCUGCAGCCCAUCCUGGCCGAGUCACUGCCCAUACUGGCCUCAUUCCUGCGCAAGAACCAGCGGGCGCUACGGCUCGCCACACUGGCUGCCCUGGACGCCCUGGCCCAGAGCCAGGGACUCAGCCUCCCUCCAUCUGCUGUUCGGGUGGUGUUGGCGGAGCUGCCUGCCCUGGUCAGCGAGAGUGACAUGCAUGUGGCCCAGCUGGCUGUAGACUUUCUAACCACAGUGACCCAGGCCCAGCCAGCCUCUUUGGCUGAGGUCAGUGGCCCUGUGCUCUCAGAGCUGCUGCAGUUGCUGCAUUCGCCCCUGUUGCCAGCAGGUGUGCUGGCAGCUGCCCAAGGCUUCUUGCAGGCUCUGGUGGGGACCCGGCCCCCGUGUGUGGACUACGCCAAGCUCAUGGGCCUGCUCACUGCGCCUGUUUACGACCAGGCUGGGGACAGUGGGCCGGGCCUGCACAAGCAGGUGUUCCAUUCUCUGGCUCGGUGCGUGGCAGCCCUCACAGCUGCCUGUCCCCAGGAGGCAGCCGGCACAGCAAACCGCCUGGUCUGCGAUGCCAGGUCACACAACUCCAGCACGGGGGUCAAGGUCCUGGCAUUCUUGUCGCUGGCUGAGGUGGGCCAGGUGGCCGGGCCUGGCCCCCAGCGGGAGCUGAAGGCUGUGCUCCUGGAAGCCUUAGGGUCACCCAGUGAGGACGUGAGGGCUGCAGCCUCCUAUGCACUAGGCCGUGUGGGCGCUGGGAACCUGCCCGAUUUUUUGCCCUUCCUGCUGGGACAGAUAGAGGCCGAGCCCAGGCGGCAGUACCUGCUGCUGCAGUCGCUCAGGGAGGCCCUGGGGGCUGCCCAGCCUGACAGCCUAAAGCCCUACGCCGAGGACAUCUGGGCCCUGCUGUUCCAGCGCUGCGAGGGUGCCGAGGAGGGCACCCGGGGGGUAGUGGCUGAAUGCAUCGGGAAGCUUGUCCUCGCGAACCCGCCAUUCCUUCUGCCCCGACUCCGGAAGCAACUUGCUGCAGGUCAGCCGAACACCCGGAGCACUGUCAUCACAGCGGUCAAGUUCCUCAUCUUGGACCAGCCCCAUCCCAUUGACCCCCUCCUAAAGAGUUUCAUUAGAGAGUUCAUGGAGAGUUUGCAGGACCCAGACCUGAACGUGCGCAGGGCCACUCUGACUUUCUUCAACUCAGCCGUGCACAAUAAGCCCUCCUUGGUCCGGGACCUGCUGACUGACAUCCUGCCCCUCCUCUACCGGGAGACAAAGAUCCGCCGAGACCUUAUCCGAGAGGUGGAGAUGGGGCCCUUUAAGCACACAGUGGAUGACGGGCUGGAUGUGCGGAAGGCAGCCUUCGAGUGCAUGUACUCACUGCUCGAGAGCUGCCUGGGCCAGCUGGUCAUCUGCGAGUUCCUGAACCACGUGGAGGACGGCCUGAAGGACCACUAUGAUAUCCGGAUGCUGACCUUCAUCAUGCUCGCACGAUUGGCUACCCUGUGUCCUGCGCCUGUCCUGCAGAGGGUGGACCGGCUCAUUGAGCCACUCAGGGCCACCUGUAUUGCCAAAGUCAAAGCUGGUUCUGUCAAGCAGGAGUUUGAGAAGCAAGAUGAACUGAAGCGCUCUGCCAUGAGGGCAGUGGCUGCCUUGCUGACCAUCCCAGAAGUGGGGAAAAGCCCCAUCAUGGCUGACUUCUCUUCCCAAAUCAGAUCCAACCCGGAACUUGCCACCCUCUUUGAGAGCAUCCAGAAGGAUUCUGCCUCAGCACCCAACACAGAUUCAAUGGAGCUCAGCUAGUCUUACCCCACCUCCUAGAUGGGCCCUUCCUCAAGAGAAGGGGCCCACCCAGGCCUGAGGUCUCAGCCUCUCUCCCACCACCAAAGGCCACUGGCUUUUACUCCUAAACUUUCAUCUCCCUGGGGGCCCUCCUGUUCCUCUUUGGGGUUUACAGUGCCUUCUCCAGGGACCCUAACUCAUAGGUUCCCCAACCUGAAGCUAGCUGUAAGGCUGCCAACAGUUGGGCCCUUUAACUCAGGACAGCCAUUCAAAGCACCGGGGUGGAAUUUUUCAAUGUGAAGUCACAUCACAAGGUUGAUGCGACUCCACACUGUUCUAGUUCUUUCAAGCUGGGGAGGCACUGCUUCACAAAAUACUUAGUAUUUACUCUUGUGCUCACAGCUGUGAGGUUAGGAGGCAGCAGGCUGGCCUUUCUUCCCACUGGUGCCCCGUAUGUCACACCACUCUCACUUUACAAUUCAUUUGAUCAAAUUGAUAAUACCAAGAAUUAGUGCUUUGGCUGGGCAUCUUAAAAACUCAGAUACUUCUGAGUUAUUCACAUUUUUAGAAUUAAAAAAAAAAUUCUAACAGGCAGUGAUAAAUCAGAAAGGUUUUCUUGCAGGGGGUAAGAGUGUGGGUAGUGAAUUAGACCAGACGUGUUUUUCUAAUUUCAACUCUCUAUGAAAUAAACUGGUAAACAGCAAAGCACUACUAGCAAGUACAAACCAUCUUUCAUGUCACCCCGCCUAGGCAACCAGUUGGUUUAUGCCCUUCUAAAGUUUUCAAUGUGUCCUUUUUAGAAACUUUCUUAUAGAAAUAAGCGACAGGCCAAAGAAUUUUCUGUGCUAUCAGAAAACAGGUUAAUAAAGGAGAUCCUAAACUACAAUUUUCUCUGCACAAUUCGUCGUCAGUAGUCAAACCACUUAUCAGUACGUGUCCCAAAUCAAUUGAAAGAAGUCAUGGAAAUGACCAAUAAUUUAAUUCACAAAUGUUUCAUAUUAGGUUUUGAACAGGAAGCAGUCAACCUGUAAGACAUUUAUCUACUCAAAGAGCGAGCCUUAAAUCCAGGCAUGGCUAA